CGUUGGUCGACCUCCAAUAGCAAGAGACUACAAUGUAGUCCCGACAUGUAGUAGAUUGUGAUGCCUUCCCACAUUCUUGUUUCUGAAUGGAUUGACUUGGGGGCAAGAUGGCUUUCAGAGACUUGCACCAUCACUCUUCAAAGGGACUAGUCAGUUGAGUGCAUACUAAGUUUGGGCAUAUGAAGCAGCUUACUGCAAGCGCUACAGACAAGUUGACGUCAAUCGACGCCAGUAUGAUAGUAGAGGGAAGCCACAAUCACAGCGAGUUUGGACGCCGGAGCUGCAACCACAUACUAGUACAGCGUAGUGUUCAGUGAACAUCAAAACAGCAACAAACCAAACCAAAUCAAAUGAACAAGCACAAGAGACAAUGGACUAUUUGGCUUCAUCUUCGGUCCAAGCAGCCAAAUGGUAUUGGCUGGUUGAUAAAUUAAGCGAAUCAGCGAAGAAAAGAGCACUUUUAGAUGUCGAAAUUGACAGGACAACACUUGUUGCAAGCGACACCAUCAACAUCUUCGUCAACCACUACGCGCAGGCAAUUCCUGGAAAGACGUACAUCUGCUACGGUGUGUCAGGAUGUGGGAAAACAGUUGCUGCCGUGCAUCUACUACACGGGGAGGACAUUAAUUUUGAUUGUCCGAAACGAGCUAUUAUGGUGAAUGCGGGCGGAAGUGAAGACUUUCCUACGGACUUUGCUCUGCAACAGAAUGCCCCGAACGCCGCCUCUCUCCUUGUCAACAUUCUUUGUGCUAGCCUAGUCUUUCAAGAGAAGAAAAAGGAUUCUAGAGCAGCUGCCACGAAGAUCUGGGAAAUGUUCAGUCAUCUCCGUCGUUUAGCGGAAGGUUGCGUUACACCUGCCGCGGAAGAACCAAGUAUACGUUUACACGACACUGCUCAACUGGCUCAAGUCACCAGAGGUCGUCAAAUCGCGACCCGCGCCGACCUUCCCAUUUUGAUCAUUGACGAUUUGCCCGAGUCAAAGGCAAACAGAGGAUUCGUUAGUGGCCUCUACACUCGAGCACAUGCCAUGAAGAUCUCAGUUCUGAUCCUCACGAAGGAUGAACGGUGGGCUACCAAAAUGAAGGAUAUUAAUGGCGGAGUAAAAGUUCUUCCUGUAGAUGGGGCGAUAAAUAACCCCAGAGGAGACAGUGUCGAGCCCUUUGUACAAGAUCCACAGUGGACUGGAAUGACUUGGAGGCUCCCAGAUCUGCGAGUUUUUGCUGAAACUCUGGGACCCCCCGAUAUCUCUACAGAACUAAUGGAUGGGAUGACACCAGAGGCAGUUGUCGACUUGCAUGUAAGACGACGAUUCUAAAAGGUAGCUUGCUCGGUUGAAAAGAUUUGGACAAGUUUGGCUGGAAGAACGACAUACGACGCCCCUGGCUGACGUAUUGCAACAGUGCAAUGUACCGGUGACGAAUCAAAAACCAAUACUCGAAUAUUGUACUUUUAAAAAGAUUGGAAUCGAGAUCAACUCGGAAUCAGACGUCGACGGAACUACAACUUCUUCCUCGGACUCCUCAGCAGAAUGCUGGACGGGUUGCUGCUCGUUGUUCCAAUAAUUCUUCCGAGUUGCUGGCAAAGUACUGUAUCGAUUUGAGGAGACGGCCGGUGGUGUUGGGGAUUCCGGAUGGGCCACACGAAAGGACUCAGCAUCGUCAUCUGGCAGUCCUACUUCACGGAAAACAUUUCCAUCCAGAUCCCCCCAAACGUAUCACACAAGCCUACCUCAUGAAAGCGGGCAUUGUUAAAGAUUGGGACAAUCCGGAUAACCCAUUGGUAAAAACACCACCCAAAGACACACCCAAUGCUGUCCUUGUCCAUUUUGAAUUCAAUAACUAACAAGUAGACUUUCCAGAGACUGCACUGCAUGGACUCGUCACUCUACUAGUACGCGGGAGUUUAUUACUGGAAACUACUAGGAGUACAACGCAAGCAUACAGUCGUACUAGCUAAUACAAUAAUUUCCGAGCGAGACACAG